AGAUACCUGACUACUAAGGUAUACAUCAUACGAAUAUGUAAUUGCGCGAUAAGGGCUCCGUGAUAAACCGCAUCUCAUCGGCCGACGGAUCUCAUCUUCGGACGAGAAGAGUACCUAAUAUAUACCUAUUAGUUCUUUAAGUUCAACUGUCCACAUUAGAUGUUUCCUCUAAACAACCUUAUCUACGGGGGUUUUCGGGGAAACCGGAUAUCUGACUCGCGUUGAUCUAUCAGUGUCUUUGAAGGCGGGACAAGCUGACAAGGUCAACUUUAAUUUCAUACCAUGUAACAGAUAACCUCCAAUUCUUUCAUAUUUAAGGUCCAUACCAUUCAAGAUGUUAAAACGCAUGAAUUCGCCUCGGAGAACUAGAACAACCUCCAGGUCUCCUACUCCGGUUCCUCUUAUCGUUGCCAUCUCCCGUUGUCCGCCGUUACCUGUGGAGAUAUGGACACAGAUCAUGCGCACGGUUGUCCACAGCGAAGACUUACCGGAACUCUGGGCAAGCUUGCGUCUGCUCUCGCAUACGCUCAAGGCCGCGCUCGAAACGGCGUUUCUGGAUGAGCACCUGUCGCGGCUGCGCGGGUGGCUGUGCGUGGGGGAUCCAAAACCAUUGGCUCCGCGGCGUCGGUGGGGCGGAAGCGGGAAUAACAACAAUAAUCAUAACACAAAGCGCAUCACACCUUUACCUCUAGUGCUGUCGCGGUUAUCGCCCGACCGGCAGCGCGCAUACUUCGUAUCGCUGCUGCACCGCGACGAGCCGACCCUAGAGACGAGCAUGCUAUUUGCCGAGUGCGGCGACAACACCGUAGUAGCGGAAUGGCUGCGGUCGGCGCCGGGGAUCCCGCCGCCGGGCGGUCGCGCGACCGAAGCGCGGUUACGACUGACGAUUGGCCCGGAGUGUGAGUGGACGCAUUGGAACCACCACGUCAUCGACAGCGAUAGGUUCGUGGUCGAGUCGCAGAAGAUUACGCUGGAAGACAAGUACGAGCUUGGAGGGAACGGAAAGGGAGGAAAUGGGAGAGAACAGAAGGGAGAAGCGUCGCGUGCGAUUGGACUCGAAGUCGAUCGCACGAAAUGCGAAGUCUCGUUCGAGUGGACUAAGUUAAUUAGUUCCCUGUUUGCGAGGCCGCGUAGGACGUUUGGCGAAGCACUUCGGAACUGACCAGCAUCCAUUUGAAUGGGAGAUUUCAAGUAUAUUUGUAACCUCAAGAUGUUAUCACAAUGCUUAACUUAGGUACCUACCUACCAGGUACCUAACCUAAUAUGUAGCAUGCAAUAUCAAAUCUGUAUUCCCAC